GAAAAGAAAAGAACAGAAAAGAAAGGAAUUUGUUGAGAGUAGUCAACGCAGGCCAGUGACCAUGGACAGCAUCCUUCAGAAGCUGAGGAAUUUGGACGCCUACCCUAAAAUCAAUGACGAUUUCUUCAGCCGUACACUCUCCGGUGGCAUUAUUACCCUCGCCUCUUCCCUCCUUAUCCUCUUGCUUUUCUUCUCUGAGCUCAGACUAUACCUCCACACUGUUACAGAGUCAAAGCUGCUUGUAGAUGCUUCAAGAGGAGAAACCUUACAUAUCAAUUUUGAUGUAACUUUUCCUGCUAUCCGGUGCUCAUUACUCAGUCUUGACACAAUGGAUAUCAGUGGAGAACAACAUUUUGACAUACGACACGAUAUAGUCAAGAAAAGAAUUGAUGCUCAUGGUAAUGUAAUAGAAGCUAAGAAGGAUGGAAUUGGUGCACCAAAGGAGGAAGGGGGUGAAAGGGCUGGUUGA